AUGGCUAAUAAGUGGAAAGAGGAAAACUAUCGAGGGAUAGAUAUGACAUUCACCGGCGCACUCACCUGGAACUCGAGCGGUGAUUUGAUCAACGAAUACGUGCCAGGCCAGAGGCGCUGGGUCGGCGAGCCGACCCCAUACCUCGACGAAGCUUGGGAUGGUCUGGAAGAAUUCUGGACCGUGCUGCUCGAAGGCGACGAAGCCGACAAUGUCCGCGACCAGACCCUCUUGCAAAACGGAUAUUGGGUUACCGGACUCGAUGUGUUCCACCAACUGCACUGUCUCGACUCCCUCCGCAGGGCCACCUACCCAGAAGCCUACGAGCACGAGGGGUCGCCGCACCACUGGCACCUCCACAUAAACCACUGCAUCGAUUAUCUGCGUCAGGCCAUCAUGUGCCACGGCGACACGAGCCCGAUGCAAUUCAAAUGGCAUCCCAACGCCCAGCGCUACGGGCCCGACUUUGCCUCGACGCGCUUCUGCCGCAGGAAGUUUGAUGAUAUCGUCGAAUGGUCGCGUGCCAGGACUCCGCAAGCAAGGAGAGGCACCAUGGGAAAUGAGACUGCUAGGAACGGGAUCAAUAUCUAUAACGAGACGGUCGCGGGAGUUGAUCCUCAUUGGCUUGAAACCAAACCAGAUAGUAAGAAGUCGACUUAG